CAGGGUAACAGUUCCAUGCCAUGCGUGAGCCGUUGGAUCUUUGAGAGCUGGUAUGAUCUGGCCGUCCGCCUGCUUGCUUGUGCAGUUGUGCAUCCUCAUCCACUCGUCUCCCCAAUCCCCAUCCCUCCUGAUCCCCAAUCCCCAAUCCCCAAUCGAUCAAUCCUCACUUCCCCAGCCAGCCCGUCUGCGGAGAAAUCGAUCCCGCACUUCCUGCAGCCGCCGCCGAUCCCGCAUCGCUCCACCGGCUACUGCCUUUUCUCAUCUCCAACCUUCGCUCUUCCCCCACAAUUUCUGCCUGUCUACGGCUGUGGGGUUGCCUGCUGCUGGUUGUCGUUCAGCGUCCAUCGGGCAGGCAGCAGCGUUCCAGUGGAUCUCAUUGACGCCGGCCACAACGCCCGGUUCAACACCGCAUUCCCCUUGGCUCACCCUCUCCGGCGAUGAGCUCGAGCGGGCGAGGCGGCAAGCGGCAAGGGGCGCCGCCCCCAGCGCCAUUCGGGGCUGCGGCGAAGAGGGCCCAACCCCACGGUGGGCACCUAGCAGAUGACUCCAUCCGCGCUAGCGGUGACCUCUCAUCUCCUAUCGGUUCAGCGCCUAACGGUCGCUGCCUCCUCUUCCACAGCUCGCUGCCACACUAUGAUCAGCAAAGGCGCAAGUUGAUCCAAUUUCCAUCUGCAUCUGGUCCUUGGUCUCUGAUCAGUUAUCAAUUUGCAAGAGUGCUUGAUUUUCCAAGUUUCGAUACCGGACAAUCUUCCUUGCUAUGACAACUAAGAUGUUCUUUCUGUACAUCUAUGUUCUCCCACUGUACUUUAGUUCGUUGUUAGUUGAGUUAGAUUUAGUGUGAAGCAAAUAGACCCGACUCUCUGUAAAGUUAGUAUUGUAUAUGAUUUCCUGUUUUUAGGGCAUUCAGCAAGUGCUUAUGGUUAAGAACUACACUACAUUACAAAGUUGCCAAGAAAAUGCAAGGUGACAAUAUCUUGUGGCCAUCAAAAAUUGAGAUUUUCAGUGACUGUCAAUUUUUUCUUGUGUUCUACAGUGUGCUACAUUGCUCAGGACUGCCUCAGGUAAAUAGAAAACUAUAAUAUAGCGCAAUAUCGUCUUACGUUUCCCAUGAGGCCAUGACUGUUUUCUGCAUGAUCUGCUGCUACCUACCGGGCAAGCACUGGUGUUAUGUUUUGGACUGACCAUUUGUAAAUCUAUUUAACCUUUAAUAUGUACUAAAAGAGAGGAUUCUUCAGCGGUGUUUUACUGUACAUCUGUAUUAAUAUAUUUCUUUGUGCAUAGCAUUUCAGGCCAGGGACAGGCUGCCCAGGACGAGUGGAAAUAAUUAUGUAAUAUUUGCUAGGUAUUACUUCCUACUCUUACUUCUACGCUUCUCGCUUCAUUUCAGUUGAAGCCAUCAAGACAUUGUCCAGACCGAAAUCAUAUAUUGUUAUUAUCCAGUAGAUUAUCAAGAUUACUGUCUGUUUUAGUUCAAGAUGUUCCCUGAAUAGCAGAACUGGAUGGUAGCUGACAGAUUCGGUAAAGUUCAAUACUCUAAUCAAAACUGGAUAUGGACAUCAUUUAGAUCAAGUUGCUUUCUAGGUUCAGGAGAUCAAGCUGGGUGAGAACAUCAGAGUAUAAUGGUUGUGAUGGUGAGAGCACCAUAGUAUGGUGGAUAGGGCUAGGUGAGGUUUGUACAAUUCAUUCUACGAUGCAUAUCUUGCAGUUGGGAGUCAUGAUCUUUCUUUCAAAUAAGUAUCAUUGCUUAUCGCAAAAAAAAAAAUGCAGUGUUUAUUGCCAAAUCCUGACAUGAAAAGGGUGAAGAGAAUUUUGGUAAUAUAGUUGUAAGCAACAUAGUGAGAAGCACUUUAUUAAGUUAAAAGGAUCGCUCUACAUUGGAUUGAGUUUGAUGUUAGAAUUUUGUACCAAUCUUUCUCUGUUAAAAUUUCCAUCCUCAUUGGCUAAUAAAAAGAAGAUAGUCUGAUUUGGGACAGUGAUCAAUGUAUGAGAAGGUCAAUCAGAUUUCUAA